UCAGUCCUGCACGAGGGAACACUUUGGUGGUAAUUCGGAGUCGGAAGCGAGCCUAGGUUGAAGCAUGGAAUGGCUGCUGGCGAAUCCGCAGAUCAACAGCACCUUCGGUUCGCUGGGGACGUUCGAGGACGAUGUGUACCACGUCAGCGAGGACUGUCUGGUAACGCUGGAGGAGAUCAUCUGUAAGCUGGCAGUGGAGGAUGCGACCCUGCGAACAUUUCGCCGGGCGAUCGGGUUCGGUCAGAACGUAAAGAACGACAUCGUACCACUGCUGGUGAACGCGAAAGAUGUUAAGAUAAUCGAUACCACGAUACGGUUGCUGGUGAACUUAACCGUACCGGUAGAAUGUUUGCUACCGGUCGAUCUCGUGUCCAAAUCGGAGAUCGGUCGGCAUACGAUCUUCGAGCUGAACAAGCUGCUCAUCACCAGCAAGGAAGCGUUCGUCGACUGGAAGACCACCAAGGCGGUGAUCGACCACAUGAAGGGAAUACUGGAGCGUGACACCAAACUUUCCAUCCAGCAAUGUGACAGCGUUAACAACUGUCUCCUGCUACUCCGAAACAUCCUACACGUUCCGGAGAUGGGCACCGGUGUUGGUACGCACGCGGGAAGCUUCCCAACCGCGGGCCACAACACCUCCUUCCAGAACCAAAUCAUCUGGAACCUGUUCACGCAGAGCAUCGACAAGCUGCUCAUCUACCUGAUGUCCUGCCCGCAGCGGGCGUACUGGGGCGUCACAAUGGCGCAGCUAGUGGCGCUGAUGUACAAGGACCAGCACAUCAGCACCCUCCAGAAGCUGCUGAAUCUGUGGUUCGAGUCGACGCUUUCGGAGAGCUCAGAGGACAACGAGAGUAACACGUCGCCGCCGAAGCAGUGCAGCGGAGACUCCAGUCCCAUGCUUACGUCCGACCCGACGUCCGACUCGUCCGACAAUGGCAGUGGCAAAAUGCCAUCGUCCAUGAGCAAGGAAUGUUCGUCCGAGGCGCCGCAGGUCAACGCGCGCAUGAUUGCCGACUUCCCGACCCAGAUCAUACUCUCGCGGGCGAUCAAAUCCCACCAGAUGUACCACCAAACGCUGAAGGCGAACGCGCCGGACGGGUGUAUCCUGGGCGGGGCGACCUGCGGAAGCUGCUGCAAUGGUGGUGGUGACGCGAGCGGUAAACCCUCCUGCAACGGUUCUGGCGCGCAUCAUCAACAGCAGCAGAACCUCUGCGACCACCAGAAGACCACCGCAUGUACUUCCGAUGUGCAGGAAGUUAGCCGAAACUUUACCAAAAAGUCUAAAGGUGGACCAUGCUCCAAGAGUAUCGAGUCGUCGUCGGCGUCGAGUAGUGGCAGCAGCUCGUCGGGCAUUUUUUGCAAACAGUCGGCGGCCACAUCGGUUAAGGAUGUGCAAGCAAUGAAAGAGUGCAAUAAAUCGCUCAAUGGACAACAAUCGUGUCAGCAUCAGCAGCAACAACAGCCACAACAGCAGCUACAGUCACCUCCAAAGUCACCUACAUCGCAAUCCCCACAACAGCAGUCACAGCAGCAACAAUCACAGCAAACACAAAAGCAGAUACAAGUCUCACUGUCGGAAAACUCCGACUGUGGCUACGGUACGCAGGUGGAGAAGGAGUCCAUCUCCACCUCGAGCAACGAGGACGAUAGUCCGCAUCAGAAACCGAUCCAUCAGAAACCGCCCUCUAACCAAAAGCAACGCUUCAAUGCGGCGAACAAGCAGCGCAAUCCUGUGUCCGUGCAGGAGAAGAAAGAAUUGCGCCGCAAGAAGCUGGUAAAGCGGGGCAAGAGCAACAUCAUCAACAUGAAGGGUCUCAUGCAUCACGUCCCAACCGACGACGAUAUAUCGCACAUCCUGAAAGAGUUUACGGUUGACUUUCUGCUGAAAGGAUACGGCUAUCUGGUGCACGAGCUGCACACGCAAUUACUGUCGGAUCUGCAAGUGCAAAUCGACACAUCGCACUUUUUCUGGCUGGUAACGUACUUCCUGAAGUUUGCCACCCAGCUUGAGCUGGACCUGGAGCACAUCAACAGUGUCCUUUCGUUCGACAUUAUAAGCUACCUUACGUACGAGGGCGUGAUGCUCUGUGAGCAGUUGGAACAGCUUAGCAGAGCGACGGAAACCGACAUAAAGCCCUGUUUGCGAAGAAUUCAUCUGGUUGUAACGGCGAUAAGAGAGUUUCUGCAAGCUCUUGAUACGUACAAGAAGAGUACCCACCUGACAAAGGAGGACAAAGAGAAGCUUAAGUUGCUUCAGCUUCAGAUAAGCUGUACGGAGGAUUUGCGAUGCCUGUUUGUGCUAGCACAAACAGGCCCAAACUAGCACAAUUGCACCACAAAUGGAAGGCCGUUUUCCGUUUUUGGGAAACAUUUCUCGACUCUAACCGAUUUGGUUUGCUUCUCUCUUUUUUCUUUGUGUACGUUUGGCUUCGCUUUCCGUGCCGCUUGCAGAUUUGCGACGGUAGAGAUAAUGCACCAGUACGGUUUGCUGCUGGAAGAUUUCCGUGAGAAUGGGGCAUUUGUGAACGAUUGCAUCUUUACGAUGAUGCACCACGUGGGUGGAGAUUUGGGACAGAUCAAUGUGCUGUUUCAGCCGAGCAUACUGAAAACGUACUCCCAGAUUUGGGAGACGGAGUACGAGCUGUGUGAUGAUUGGUCCGAUUUAAUUGAGUACGUGAUCCACAAGUUCAUCAACACGCCCCAACCGGCCCCAUUGACACUGUCCACCACGCUGCCGGAUAUUAGCACGCAGCUGCUGUCGAGCAAUCUGCUCGUUACCUGGACACAGGAGGAAAAGGACUCACUGCACUGGUACUACGUGCAGUGUCGUCAAAGCAAAUGCGUCGUCGCGGAUAUACUGAAGCUGUUCCAGGAGAAUGGUAACCAGCAGAAAACGCGUCUCUCCAUUAUAGAGCAGCUGCUGGAGCAGAAUAUCAUCACACUAAUCCAGUACGAUGAUUUGAUGAAGGUAGAAAAUCCGGACUACGAGCGCAAUGUCCAGACACCGGCAUUGUCCGUCGCAUCGGCUGACUCGCCAAAGCCAGAGGAUGGUGAGUCGAAGUCAUCCUCCAAGGCGGUGGACGACAUACAGGUGUUGCGCGAUCGACUCCAGAAGGAAAAUCGCGGAAAACUGAUCGCUUGGCUGCAGAAGAGUUUGCUGGACUGUUGCUUCGUCAAGCUGAAUCUGCUGAGUGGCAACAUCUACGUGACGACGGGUGUCGGUGGAAAUAUGGGGGUGGUCGUUAUGGAGCCCGUGUCCUACCAUUGCAUCUUGAAAAAGAAAUCAAUCCCGGUUGUGCCCUGGAACCAGGACCAGUUUGCGAUACUGUCCUACCAACCGUUCAUACUGUUACUUCACAAGCUCGGCUUCCAUCUGCCAGCCGACGCGAAGAAGAUGUUUGUGCGCAUUCCCGAAUUCUGGACGGCGGACAUUCUCUACAACAUCGCGCUUAAGCUUGGCCCGCUGGAUAAAUCGAUUCUUAAGUUCGAUCUCAAGUACCUCAACAAGGUGCUUUCGAUGGAGAAACAAGCUAAGGCCGACCCUUGCCCGCCGAACGAUGCUCGGUUAGAGAACUUUGGAUUAUCAAGAUUCAGCCCUCAAAUCGCUACUAACUGGCUCGAUGUAGUGAUGCGCAAUAAGGCAGCUCAGAGCAAGCGCAAGCUGGAUUUGCCCGGCCCGUCAAAAGUUAUCGAUACGGCAAACGCUACCCAUCCGAGUGCAACCCUGAAGACGGGCGGAAAAUCGGCCGCACCGUCCAAAAUGCUGCACGACCUUUCCAUCAUCGUCGAAUCGAACGAUGACGAUGAUGACGAGCUGCCGGCGGACGAAGACGAUGGUUUGGAUAGCUCGGAGGUGCCGGUGCUGGAGGAGCACGAUGUCGUCAGUGCCUGUGAGACCGCUUCUGUCGCCUCGGAUCUGACACGCAUGUACGUGAGCGACGAAGACGACAAGCACGACAUUGUGCCACCGAUUUUGUAAGAAAAUUCUCACCAUCAAA